UGACCUUAUGCCGAACACUCGGGAUAGAUCGAAAACUGAAAAUGGAUGCUGUUACAAAGUGUACAAGCAACUUUAGUAUAGAACCUCUGAAAGAACCCAAGGGUUUCAUCAAGGUCAUACAAUGGAUAUUGGCCAUCUUUGCUUUUGCCACCACCACCAGUGUAAACACAAAUCUACAGAUUACAGCUUCAAAUUGUCCAGGAGGAAAACCAGGAAUUAUUGAAUCAGUUCAAAUCAGCUAUCCUUUUGAACUUGAGAAAGAAUAUUUCACCACACCCUUCUGCAACAGAAGCAGUAGCGGAGUUAAUGUAUCGACUGUGUAUUUGCUGCAGGGAUCUAGAUCUUCCGCUGAGUUUUACGUCUUUUUCGGAGUAAUGGUGUUUCUAUACUGUAUGGCUGCCCUUGUUGUGUACUUGUUUUUUGAGGAAUUGUACCGCAGGAGCAAUGUCUGGGCUAUUGUGGAUUUUGUGGUGUCCGUGGUGAUUACUCUUCUGUGGUUGAUCGCGUCGUCGGCCUGGGCUCAGGGUCUGGUGAAUCUCAAGUACUACACAGAUUUCAAUGAUUCUGGAAUGUUUGAGCGCCUACCAGAAUGUAAUAAACCUGUUACUGGUAUUACUUGCUCGCAGACUGCGUUUCCUAAUUUUGGGAGUCUAAAUGCCUCAGUAAUAUUUGGAUUCCUCAACAUGGUUGUUUGGGCUGGAAAUCUCUGGUUCCUGUACAAAGAAACACCAUGGUUUGGUAACAAGUCAGAGAUUCCUCCUCAAAGUGGGUCCCCCCAGCAGCAAGACCCUCAAAGAAUCUAGGUCAACAAAACCCUGAACCAAUAGAAUCAAAUUAUGUGCUGAAACUGUUUAUGUGAUGUAUUUGUCUAAGUGCAAAUGUAUGUAUGGAUUUAAAGAUUUUUUUUUUAAAUUACAAAAUAAUAUACAUUGAUAAAGUGGCAGAUCCAGGAUUUUUUUCUGAAAGGAAGGUAUUCACUUCAAGUCAAAUAAUAUUUUUGAACAAAAAUAUGUCAAUUCAAAAAUUCUGAAAAUCCAGGGGAGGGGAGUGGGUCUGCAAACCCCCAUGCUGGCUCUGCCUAUCGUUCAGAAGUUUUUAGCCUUCAAAAAAUAGCUAAGUGUUUUAGAUUUAAUAAACUAUUUUCCAGCACCUUUUUUUGUAUUUAAGAGGGGAGUAAGUAAUAUUUAUUGAAUAUGUAGAUUCUUCCAUUCUUUAUAUACAUUAUUUGCUUGGGAUUUUAUAAAUGUGUACUUGGUGCAAAAUUUUAGAGAUCACAUAUUUUCAUAAUAAAUGAUCAAAGUUUACUUGCUGAAUACUUGAACCAGGCAGAAUUAUAUCUUGUUAGCAAUGUAUUACAAAGUCAGCAAUGUCAGUGACAAUUUAUGAAAUAAAAACUCUCUCACAGAUGGAAUGUGUAAAUGAUGGGUGGAACUUCAGGUCAGUUGAUCUCUAAGAAUAGCAAAUUAUCAUGACAAUUUUGUAUAGGUGCAAAAUGAUUUUAAGAAAUGGAAACCACAAUUAUGUGUAAUAUGAUUGCAGUGUUAAGGAAUGGUAGAGAAUUGUGUUUUAUUCAUACAAUUAACUAUUUGGUUUUUAGAGUUUUGAAAUCCUUCAUAGUGAAAUCCAGUGUAUAAUUAGUGAAAGUUUGAUGAUAGAAUUUAACCUUGUAACAGGAAACUGAAUUUGUCAUGCUUCAUUUCUGUUGUAUAUCCAAGAAGAAAAUGAGCUAUAUUCCCUCUUGUUUAUGAGACUGAAAUAAUAAAGUGCCAUGGAGAAUCACCAAGUCUUUAACAUUCAUUCUCAGGUAUUAAAUACAUCCUCUAAAAUGAAACAACAUAAAUCUCUAUUUUUCCUCUAUUUUUUUUUUUUUUUUAAACCAUUUUGAUUGUUCUAAACAAGUGUUUCACUGACAGCACCAUUAAAAUUGGUAAAGCUUGAGAUCUGUUAACCGAUCUGGAUAUUUGUGUGCUGUUGGUAUUUAUGUGUCUAUCCACAUUUUGUCCAUAUUUACCUGUUGCUCCACAUUUUGUGUAUGUGGAACAAAUGUUGACGUGUCAUCAUUUAUUUGCUUGCAUGAAGCUGCUAGAAAUUAUUCAGUCAAUGUAAAUACAGUUAUGAUGUUAUAUAUAUUUAUAUAUUGUAUUUGUAUGAAAAUUGGUGUUAAGUUUUUUCUAUGCACUUUUUGUUUAUUUAAUAAUACAUGUAUUUAGCUUAUAUAUUUUGUUAACACAUUACACAGUUUUAUAGGGCCAAAGCAUUGUAAAAAAAAAAAAAUAGUGUGUUAAAUCCAAGUCUGAAAAUUUAAGAUAUAUUUGGUGUUUUUCGCAAUGUUAUGCAAAUUAGCAAAUAGCUGUGUACUUUUUUCUUUUAUUUUACUCAAAGUAGAGAUGAUUUAGUAUUUGAUGACUUAUUUUGUGUGUGUUUAUUAUUUUUUUUUUUGCCUUUUCUCAACUCGAUAUUUUUCUUUAAACAAAAUUUGUUGUUAAUUUUUUUCUGAAUAAUUUUUUGUAUUCUGAAAUUACAUUUGUUUGACCUUUGUUUUCAAUUAUUAACAUGAUGCCAAGAGAUGUAUAUUCAAAGAAAUGAUUUGAUGUUGAAGAAAUUCCCUCUACAUGUAUCUGACGCUUAAAAAGUGGAAACUCAUUUUAUUCAGGAGUGUAGAAUUCUGUAUGUAGGAUAGGUUGAAGAAAUAGAUUGAAUUUAAUUUUUUUCUCAUUGCAUAUCAUAAACAUUCCAUCAUUGGCAGGUUAUUUAUUGUGUGACGAAGUAGAGUAGUGUCUUGUCUCUUUAAAAACUAGUAUCAUUGGAGAUUAGAGAAAAAAGGAAGGAAAUCUGAAGAACUCCGAGAGAAAAAAAUUAGAAUGAUAGAGAAAAAUAAUCGAGGAGCCUGAAAAUCUGUGUCUGUCUCUUCCCUGAUACCUCUCAUACAUGUAGUUGUGAGAUUUUUAGCUGAUUUUACAGUUAAUAUAAGUAUAUGCCAUCCGUAUUGUAAGCUUAUUAUGGGAUAUUUCUAGACAUAUAUCAGAAUUAUAUUAAUAUUAAUUCAUGUUGCUUUAUUAAAUGGAUAUGGCUAUUAAAUUCCUUCAGUAGAUUAA